UAGUUUCUUUCGAAGUUCAGCUUGUUAUUUUCACUUUGGUCGUCAUUUGCGAGUCGGGACACCAUCGCUUCCUUCUCUUUCCCCAACCACGAUCAUCCACCAGUCUACGUUUGAUCCACAUCAAGAAAAGGUUAUUAUCAUUAAGGAAAAUAUUGGACUCCGUUGCAAGGGGCAACCGUGACAUCCUGUUCUGGGCCACCAAGACUUCCGGCGUUUCUUCCAUUCGUGUAUAGCCUCCUUUGUUGCGAGCCUGGACAAACAAAGGUCCACUAGCCACUAUGCACAAGCAUUCACUUUCAGUUCCAACUGUACCCGCAUCUGCUCCCACCUCACCUGCCUGUACUCGUCUGAACCGAUCAGAGCGGCUAUUUGCGGCACCAGUAACUCCCCAACGUUUAGUCCGCCCUCAAAAGACUUCGUAUCGAUCGCCAGUUACCCCUGCAAGCAACUUUUCUACACCAUAUACACCAUUGAGCCUCCGUUCAUUCUCGACUGCAUCAAGUUCAACUAUAAACACCCCAGGAUCAGCUUCCAGCUUCAAUAAACGUUACGCCGCAUCUCCUUCUGCUGAAAAUGAUGCAAUUUUUGUGGACAAGAGUCUAGCGGACAUCGCUGAGAAUUGGCGCUCACGUGCCAAUGAGAACGGCAUUAAGGUCUCGAGUGCAAACGACUCUAAUUAUGGUGAUGAUGAAGCCAGCGAUUUGACCCAUUCUGAUAUGAAUUGUACAGGUUUCGUAACCGAGGAAGCACUCCUCCCUCCGCCAUUUCUUGCACUUCAUCGGCGUUCCCAGACGAUCUCCAGUCCAGCACCGCCUUGCGCCCCGCUUUCACCCUAUGCUCUUAGAACUCCCGCACGCCGCGCUCUUGGAGUGCUGAAUACACCGCCACCGAAACCAACAAACGUUAGCCAGUUAAAAUUCAAAGGAAGCUUCACUGAUCCCGCGCACACACGACGGCGCCCUUCAUUUGGCCAGAUGUCCACCGAGCUCUUCGACAUCGACGAAAACGCUUUUGAACCAUAUCCUCAGUCAUUCCCUUCAGCUGAAUCCUUCUCUUUGCACGACCCAUUUUUCGGUUCCGUUCUUCCAACGAUUGCAGAGUGUGUUCAACAGCAUUUUGGCGAGUCGCUUUUCCAGGCAAAUAUGCAGUCCAAUGCCACCGUCACCUCGUCAACAGCCUGCUCUGUCUGCGGUCGUGACGGGGGUCGGUUUGCAAUCCUCAAACCGUGCGAACACCCUCUAUGUUCAGGAUGCCUUACAAGCGCCCUCAACAUUGUCGGCGAAAAAGCCAUGCAGUGUGCUGUUUGCAAGGAGUCCGUCAUAGAUUUCCAACUUCAAAGUCGGCCAUUUGAUGAUAGCUCAAUGGUCUCGUCUUCACCUCAGCAUUUUAAUUUCCCAUCCGCUUUCACUCCACUAGAUGCCAAUGCUUCUCCUUUGCAACGACGUUCUAGCAGAACCAACAGACCUCUUUUACCCAGCUUUGAGCCCAUACCUUUUGCGCCACACAUGGACCAACCUGCUGUCCAUUUUCAACAGGAUUUGCCCCCUCCUAACUUUACCGCAGCCCCUAAGCAACAAAGAGUCGACAAUGUAGUUCUUCGCAUCGACAAUGUGCCUUGGGAUAUAACCCCGCCAGUUAUCAUUGCCUGGCUCAAGCAGCCUGUCGUCCGAGUGCAUGUUUUAUUGGAUCCACGGGGUAAAACUCUCAGUCAUGCAUUUGUCGAACUUGGCACGGAAGAGCAUGCGAGGGCUGCUUUACGUGGCGUGCAAAACUCUGUCCUCGGCAAAGGCAAACGUGCGCGAGGAGUCACCGUCACUCGCAGCUCGCAGGAAGAACUGAUGCGUUCUCUGUUCCCGACAUGGAAAGGCGGUUUCGAGGGCUCUAUACCAUCACUCACUGGUUUGAGGAAUGAUCAGGUUAGGGGGGCGCUCGAGGUGGGAAUCAUGACCGACGCGGAACUCAAGGCCUUGUUGCAUCUUGUGCAGUCGCCUGAUUCACAUUUCCUGAAAGUCGCCUCUCUACCCUUCCAUUUCCUUAUUAGCAUCUUAUCCAAGUUCCCGGUAGACGUUGACGGCAGAGUGUUUUGCACCAACAACCUCCGAGACAACUUGUUUAAUCUGACUUACUCGGCGUUAGGUCUUCUUAUGACAGGGGUGGGGAAUGCGAUAACGGAUGGAUCCCGUUUGUUAGACGAACUUCUUCAAGCUGCGGUAACGUGUCAAGCCUUUGCGCCACAACAAGCCCAGAUGCUUUCCAGCCUAGCGAGACCUUCUAUUCCGCCGUUUGUUCCUGCUUUCCAACUGCCUGGCGGACACUUCCGCGCUGACAGCGGCGUUUUCAUUCGUGACAACGACAUUCCCGCCUCUAGUCCAUACGUCACUCUGUCCGCUCCCAGUCCUCACAGCACUGUGCCUGUUCUCAGCUCUUACAACGACAUUGCCCGGGAGUUUGGCGUUGAUGAAGAUUUGAUUCAAAAACUGGCUCAGAGGCUGAAUGUGCUACGGUAAUACCCGGAUGCCUGCUUCUUCAUUAAUUGCAUCACGACCUACUUGUUCUGGGACUUUACGCCUAAGCAUGAUGUGACUUCAUGAUUAUCUUCUUGUUCCCUCAACGUCUUCCCCUGUUUCUUGAUGAUCGCUAGUCGAUUUCAUAUUUCUCGGGUUUCCGGUGUAUCCUCGAUCUUGCCCCCGCUCUCAUGUCUAGUUACCACACUCGCUAUGGAAUUCCUGCAUUGCUGUCUCUCUCCUUGCAAUCUCUCGGUCUCUUUUGCCCUGUAUUGCUUACUUGACGACUAUCCCAGCACUGCUUUGUAUCGUAGACACAUGCUGGUAGAGCUACCAUUAUCAGAUAUCUGCAUAUUAUUCUUGGCGGUGUCAUGAGCAACCUGUAGCCAACGUGACCUCGUUAUCUUACUGGCACCCUAUCACGUUACUUCCAGUUCAAACACUGACAAACCCCGCUUCUGGUGCCGCGGCACCUUGCAGGCUGC